AAAAACAAGUUUACUUAGUUUUAAAUAUUUAUGUAUAAUACCGGUGUUGAAAUGCAAUAGACGGGAUACAGGUUUAUAUCAACAAAAGACAUUUUUAAAAGGAUACUGUGGGAUUAUCCCCUUUGCAACGAUUAACCUGCCCUGUGCGGUGUGUGUUUCGUUUGGGCUGAAAACACGAUCAGGUCUUAUUUUCCGGAGACUUAACACCUCAGGCCGGUUCGGAAAUCGCACGAGACAGAGUCUUAACCAUGUAUGCCGACCAGCCCUCGUACUGCGAGCCCACCCCCACCGUUGUCCCACCGGUCAGGCCAAACUCCGCCCAGAACUUUACCCCCGCGUAUCUGUGGAGUGAUUUUGACCCACCCGGGUUGCGUAGAGAAAGAACGACAUAUGGCCACAUGAAUGAUUGGAUGAAAGUUUCCAGGAAUGGCGUCCCAGUAACUAUGUCAGACAACAACUGGCACAACCUGAAACAAAGUGAACAAAAAGAACAUGAUAUACAGUUCAAGAAAGCCUUCAACAACCUGACUUCUAAAAUUGCCUACAGAUACCCAAACCCCGGAAACCCAAGGCAAAGACAGGGAAGAAUCGGCGGAAGUUGGAGACAUAUUAAGGAAGUGCUAGGUCACGGGGGAAGUAGGGUGGUUUACGUUGAUGACCCGUACUCUCCGGAAGGACCCGGAAAACGGCUUAUGUUUUCUCCUACCCGCGCCUACUUUGACCCAUUUACACCGUUAGGGUCUUCCUGUGUAGAACCGAGUUAUCCCUCAGUACAAGGUGCUUCACCCUCCUACCAAGAUGGAGAUGUCGCCAGGAAAAUGGGACUCAAUGUGUCCCCUAAAUAUAAAGGAUUCUAUCGUUAUGGUGCCAAUUAAACACAUCACUUCCUGUUUCGCUUUUGUGAUUGAAGUUUUUAACCAGUACCAAUCAGUAUUUCUGACUUUUUAUUGCUCACAUUUAUUUUUUUUAUUUAAAAAUAUAUGUAUGUUUUGUUAAAGUCUUCAAAUUAUAUUUAUUUUGAAAUGUAUUAUUUUACGUUCAAUAAACAUUCAAUCUGA